ACAAGACGCACAGCCACCACUGCAGCCACUUGUCAUGACAGCCGUACAGAUGGAAACCAACGUUCAAAGCUAUCAUUGCAGCACAAACAUCCCAGUUAUUGAUGGUGCCGUACCAGAAGCCAUACCGUCUGACCUAUCCCUAUUUCCUCGCGAUAUCCUCCUCGAGAUUUUUAUCUGGCUGUCAUGGAGUGCAGACAACCACGCCGAUAUCAACCAAGCACCUUGGGUUCUCGGUCAUGUCUGCAGGUCGUGGAGAGACAUAAUAAAAUCUGUCAAAUGGCUGUGGUCCAUGGUUAUUCUGUCUGUGCACAGCUACGAUCGGAGAGUCCUUUGUGUUCUCAAACAUUUCCUCCGUCGAUCAGAUCAGUCUCUCUUCAAAAUUGACCUUACGUUCGACGAAAAGGCCUCCGGAAAAGCCAUCCGGAGCGUUUUUCGUGUACUCUUUCCCCACUUUCCCCGCUGUGCAGGCCUUAGCAUCCUUAUUCCGCAAAAAGGAAUCUGGGAGCUGCUAGAUCUCGCGCAGAACCUUCCCGAACUACGGUUUUUAGAUAUUUUCGUUCCCUCAUCGGAUGAUGAAGACGAUUUUGAAGAGGAAGACACGUUCAGCAUUUUUCACAGUGCACCAAAACUUACAGGUGUUAGUCUGUUCGGCCUGUACACGGUGGCAAACAUCUCCCUCCCUGCUUCACAGCUACGUGAAUUUCAUGGCGACUUUUACACCGCUGAGGAACUGCACCAGUUCUUAUCUAAAGCGCGCCACCUCGAUACACUAGAAGUAUCCUUUCACGAUCCGGCUUCAGAUCCACUCGCGCAACCCCUCAUUCACAACAAUCUCCGCCAGCUCGUAGUUCUACAGGCAGAGUUCGCAUGGAUGGAGACAUUCAGUUUCCCAUCCCUGGAAGAAUUGGAGAUUUUCCAGCCUUGCACAGAUUUCCAGUUUGCCGGCGCUAGUGUCCACGAAUUAUCCGCUUUGGUCGAGCGUUCGAUGUGCAAACUUCACAAGUUCGCUCUGAGAGCUGUUUUUCCUGCUUCGACGCUCAUUCAUAUCCUCUGGCCCCAAUCAUCGCUGACCGAGCUUCAGAUUACUGUUAACCUGGCAAAUGCCAGGGUAAUGUUCAUUGCCCUCACAGCCUCCGAUUUUCUGCCCAUGUUGAUGCGACUGGAAAUGACUGAACAGUACCAGUCCUCCCAAACAUUCUCUGUCUUCAUGGAGAUCCACAACGAAAUAUUCGCGAUGAUUCGAUCGAGAUGGGUGAAGGAGCCUGACUCCCGCCUCCGUUAUCUCUGUCUGGAAAUUAGUAAUGCGGGGGUGAAAGCCGUUCGAAAGAUGGUGGAUUUUUAUUCUUUUGGUGCCAUCAUUUCUGAGGCGAGGGUUCGAGGGUUGGACAUCCAUUUGAAUUAUUUAGGCGUUUGUAUUCUCGACGGUCAAUCGCAACAGUAA